AUGUCAAAUAUUUUCAAAUCACAUCUAGCAUCCUGGGCUACCAAAGAAAAUAUUACUUUAAAGGCUAUGGAUGGUUUGCUGAAAAUACUCAAAAGACAUGGUGGUCUUGAAUAUCUUCCUUCAUCAUCGCGAACAUUGUUAAAAACUCCAAGAACUACUUACAUCAAAUCAGUUGGAGCAGAAGGUAGUUAUUGGCAUUAUGGACUGGAAUUAGGAUUAUUUACUUUUUUAGAGAGGUCUAAAAGUUAUCAUUUAGAAAAUGAAUCAAUCAACUUAAUGUUCAACAUUGAUGGCUUACCAUUGAGUCGUUCAUCAUACAAUGAAAUCUGGCCAAUUUUAGGCUCGAUUUUCAAAAUAAACUAUGUAUUUAUAUUUUAUAGUAUGUCAUGUAUUUAA